AUGUCAGUAACGAUUCAUAUUCUGCUGAAUAAAGCUGCUGAUGAAAUAGUGUCACAAUUAGUUUUUGAUGUUGAAGAUAUAAAGAAACUGAGAAAAUUGGGAAUAUGUGGGAUCUUGAUGGGCACAUUACCACCCGCCUCACAGCAAAACGUAUUCUUGUCUGUACCAUUAAGGUUAAUGAUGGAAGAAACUCUUUGGUUAUAUGAGAAGGGAUAUGCGAAACUUGUACUACUGAACAGUCCAAUAGAUGCAAAUUUGGCUUCAAAGGUUCAUGAGAAUUCCGUUAAACUGUCCAAUAUAUCAGUUGAAGCCAAUCAAAAAUCAUUCGAAUCACAAAGACAAUAUAAGACUGAGCAGCACCGAAGGAAACUGGAGGCUUUGGGUCUACUAACGGCUGAGAACAAUGAUAAGACAGCAAAGGAUAUCCAAAAUAAUCAAAAGCUGAUCGAGUCAUCUCUUUUUGUUGAGAUACCGAACUCUUCAAGAAUCCUGAGCUUACUUGAUAAAUCUACUGAUGAGAAAGAUGUGAUAAGUAAACUCUAUUCAAAUUGUGGGCAAAAUUAUCAUAUUUUCCGCGAUUUGAAGAACCAAAAUUACGUACUUGCUCCAGGAGCCAGGUUUGGUGGUCGCUUUAUAGCAUAUCCAGGUGAUCCACUUCGAUUUCACUCACAUUUGACCGUUCAAAAUGCAAUUGACUACUACAACGACCCUAUUGAUUUAUUGUCACUAAUCGGUGGCUCUAGGUUAGGUACUACAGUUAAAAAACUUUGGGUUAUUGGAGGCAUAAAAUCGGAAAAAGAUGAGACACAAGUUGAUAAUUCUUCGACAUCUUCCUUUUAUUCUGUUGAGUGGGCAGGAUUCGGUUGA